AUGGAAAUUGGUUUGAUAUUUAUGUGCAAAACCUACAAAUUUUGGAAUGAUAACUUUAAUAUGGCAAUUAAGGCUGUCAUGUUGUUGAUCUUUUUUUAUCUACUUGCGGAAAUCCCAGAAAUAAGUGCAAUGGUUCCUGCAGUUAUCGUGUUUGGAGAUUCGACUGUCGAUCCGGGGAACAAUAAUCAGAUAUCUACUGUUUUGAAGAGCAAUUUCGCGCCAUACGGGCGGGAUUACUUCGAUGGUCAGCCGACCGGACGUUUCUCCAAUGGUCGGAUUGCCACGGACUUCAUUUCAGAAGCCUUUGGGAUCAAGCCGACCAUACCUGCGUAUUUGGAUCCCAAGUAUGACAUAAGAGAUUUUGCUUCCGGUGUCUCGUUUGCUUCGGCUGGGACCGGUUAUGACAAUGCAACCUCUGAUGUCCUGUCAGUGAUACCGUUUUGGAAGGAAAUGGAGUACUACAAAGAAUAUCAGAGCAAGCUAAGAGGGUACUUAGGCAAUGACAAAGCUAAUCAGCUUUUGAGUGAAUCAUUGCACCUUUUAAGCAUAGGAACCAAUGACUUCCUAGAGAACUACUACACAUUUCCAACCCGAUCUUCGCAGUAUCCAGUCGAAAAAUACGAAGAUUUUCUGAUAGGAAUCGCCAGCAAUUUCAUCAGGGAGCUUUACAAGUUGGGAGCUCGGAAAAUAGCAAUAGGCGGCCUUCCUCCGAUGGGAUGUUUACCGUUGGAAAGAACAACGAAUAUCAUGCAUGGAAGCGCAUGUAUCGAAGACUAUAAUAACGUGGCUAAAGAUUUCAAUGUAAAGUUACAGGGUACCGUUGCUGAGCUGAACCAGGAACUCCAUGGAAUUCAAAUCGUGAUGACGAACCCCUACGACAAGCUCUUAGAAAUGAUCCAAAAUCCGAGUCUUUUCGGAUUUGAAAAUGUAGAAACAGCAUGCUGCGGAACGGGAUACUUCGAGAUGAGUUACCUGUGUGAUAGAAUGAACCCAUUUACAUGUUCGGAUGCCAAUAAAUAUAUAUUCUGGGACUCAUUUCACCCAACGGAGAAGACAAAUUUCAUUAUGGCUGAUCACGUCGUCAAAACUACCCUUGCCGUGUUCCGAUAAUUACUGAUAUGCAAAAAACAAGAAACACUUGUAACUUGUUCAUUGUUGCAGAC